ACUAUAUUGAAGAACAGUUGAAUAAAUAUAAAUAAAUUUCAAGAGAAAAAAAAAAAGAGAAAAACGAAAUAAAAAAGAAGAUAGAGAUUGAUAAUAUGGCGAGUGAAUUCGAUUAAAUAUUUUUAAAAUAAAGCUUUGCUGUUCCAUCUUCACUUUGCUGUUUUUUUGCUUUUAAAUGGGUGUUAAAGGUGAAUAGCCAUGCAGACUGGACGACAACCGCCGGCACGUCGACGGAAUAAAAGUCGACGAAAUGCUUUACGGACGUUACGACGACGUGAUACAAUCGGUGUGCUCCUACUUGGAAAAUGUGAAGUUGGAAAAACACAAUUAGUACGGAAAUGGUUAAAGGGAUCAUUUAGCGACAACUACAACCCGACUAUAGAAGACUUUCAUGUCAAGUCGUAUCGACAUAUGGGACAAUGCGUCAAUGUCGGUGUUAUAGAUAUGACAGGUUCCUGGGAUUUUUCAGCGAUGAUGGAUUUAUAUUUAAAUAGAGUGGACACUGUGAUGUUUGUUUACGACGUCAAUAACGAAUCGUCAAUAAGAGAGUUGGAUUUUUUAUAUGAAAGACUCGUGAAAGUGCGGGGAGAAAAUCACGACAUGCUACUCACCGUCGUCGGCACGAAGUUGGACAAACGUCAGGAUUGUGGUCCUGACAACAAAGAUGAACCUGUUCAUGAUUUUGUGGAAAAGUUAGGAGACAACUGCAAGCAUAUACAGACGUCUUCGAAAUUAAAUUUAAACGUCAAAGAAGCUUUUGAGAAUUCUUUGAACGAACUCAUCGCUACCAUGAUACCGAAUGAAGAUACGAUAAAAAGGUUGGGAAAACUUAUGAAGAAAAAUGAAAAAAGUGGAAGCUGCUCGAACUGUUGUUCUGUGCAAUGACGUUUGGUUUAUCAAGUCGAAACUAAAUAUGGCGAUGAAGUUACUAUACUAAAACAAAUUUUUAGAUAACAAUAUACUGAAAAACGAGCAUACAACAUUUCAUAGUUAACGACGAACAUCUUAACACAGUGGAGAUGGCAGAAGUCAUCCUCAGGACUUGUUGACUUUUUAUUGGAAAGAUUUCAAAUACAUUUAUAUUUCUUUCGUGUAAUGGCACACAAUUUAAACUUGCAUAAAGAAAACGUGAAAUAGCUUCUACUA